AUGCAAAAAGAAAUCAAGACGGUUUAUGGCCCCUUCGAUGUGUCUACGUUAGUUGAAGCUACCAGGUAUGGUAUCUGGGACGUGACUGCACUUGUCAGACAGUGCCGUACGGUACGGUACGGUACUCUGGGCAGGCAACAUCUGGUCUACCGACUGGUACAGUUCACAAACAACCGGGGACAACUACGAAUGGGCGUUUGCACCUCGUUCUUGAAAAACAUGAUGGGGAAACAUGAUGCCAUUAUCGACGAUGAAUUGUGGGUAGAAGAAGCAUUUCCAGCCAGAAAACCAUCCAGAGUACCUACUUUUUGCUUGUGGGGCCGACGUUGUGCUUGGACUUCUGCCAUGGUCCAAACAAACAACUGCUGGCUUGGUUUGGAAAGGAGCAAGAUAACCGGACGAGAGAAGGUCCUUCACGUGGGAUGGAGGUUGUCGCUUGAGCAUUCGUUGGACGGCGGAGCUUUUCAGGAGGCACAGACAUGGUGCUGA